AUGCUGCCGGCCUUCGACACCGAGCACGGGAUGCCGCACGCGUCCGUGGACGUCGGCACGGGCGACGCGGGCAAGCACACGUGGCAGCAGGCGAAGAACGCCAACACGGUCCUCGCCGAGCCCACGACCAUUCAGGUGGAGUUCCGCUACCUCUCCCACGCCACGGGCAACCCGACGUACAAGAGGCUGGCGGACAGGGCGGAGAACACCGUCCUGGCGGCGGCGGGCGGCCGGGGCCUCGUGCCGCUCUACCUGAACAACAAGGCUGCGAAGCCGUCCUUUGUUGGCACCAAGAUAUCCCUCGGUGCGAUGGGUGAUUCGUACUACGAGUACCUGCUCAAGCAGUGGGUGCAGACGGGCCGGGUGGAGCAUCGCUUCAAGGAUGCCUGGAAGCUGACCGUGAAGGAGAUGGUCUCGCAGCUCGUCGUGAGGACCCAGGGCGGCCUCACGUUCAUCACCGAGAAGGAGAGCGGCAAGCCGAAGUUCAAGAUGGACCACCUGGCCUGCUUCGUGUCCGGCAUGCUCAUGCUCGGGGCGCGCACGUUGCCCCCGGAGGAGGUCGACCCCUACUGGGAGGAGCUGGCGGCGGAGGUGGCCCGCACGUGCUACGAGAUGUACCGGCGGAGCCCCACCGGCCUCUCGCCGGAGUACGUCAACUUCAAGGUCGAGAAGGGCAGCGGCGAGGACAUGGUGUUCCCCCAGGACGCACCCCACAACCUGCUCCGCCCGGAGGCCAUCGAGGCCCUCUACUACAUGCACUACUACACGGGCGAUCCGAAGUACCGCCGUUGGGCGCACGAGAUGUUCGGCGCCUUCCAGAAGCACUCCCGGGCGCGCUUCGGCUUCUCCGCCGUCGUCGACGUGCGGAAGAGCUCGCCCUCGAAGCGGGACUCGCAGGAGAGCUUCUGGCUGGCAGAGACGCUGAAGUACUUCUACCUCAUAUUCUCGCCCAGGAGCACGCUGAGCUUGGAGGAGUUUGUACUCAACACGGAGGCCCACCCACUGCGGAUGUGGACCGCGGACCUGCAAGCAGGAUCCCCCUAG